UCUUGACCAUCUGUUUAUGGAUCAGAACCCUUUGUAUGAAAGGAGUCAUUUUCUGGUAACUAGGAUAGCUGUUCAUUCCAACAAAGUUCCCAUCAGGAUCCACAAGCUCCAGCUUGAGGCCAUGAACAACCUGAUCUGAAAUGGCGCCAUACAACCACCACUCUCCUUCUCCUGCAAGGCUCAAACAGCGUGUCAUGAUCGAUCGAGAUGUGCAGCAUGGAAGCCAAGCCACCCAUGCACUGAAUCUUGACGACGGCAUAAUCUUCGCUAGGUUCGCGGUGCGGGUGCCCGACUCCAGAUCGUGUGCCGCGCGCUUUUCAUGUCCCGACUCAGUCCCGAGUUAAGGUUGAGGAUACCGACCCAACCAGAUCUCCUAUCCGGUGAGGCAACCCUGUUUAUAUCCGUGCGCGAUUCGCCCUCAACCCUAGAUCCCCAAAUCCCCUCCUCCCCGAGCUGCUUGAUGUAAGCCUCUAUUUUUCUCAUCACCUGCUCACGUUUCCAGUUCCAACACUUCCUGAUUUCCAAUACAACACCAGGGUUUCAUUAAAUUGGAGCAUUUUACAAUCUCAUAUGCGAUGGUUAUGCUCACAACACUAGCUAGGGUCAUAUUUUGUACUGAUUUUCAGCACCCGCGCACAUAUAAACUGUUCUGUCAGUAUUGUCACUGCCUAUCAGUAUUUUUUUUCUUUCAGAAAUUGUAUUAUCAGUAUUUGUCACUGCUUGUAUGAUUGAGGACUGGUGAAACAAGCAUACCCAUCAUCUUAACAUGUGUAAGACGAUAAAAUAUUCAGCAAGCUUUACAUCCUUAAUUUGGAAUGUCUUAAAGGAGAGAACCAGUAGAACUCUUCUAUGUUCUACCUUUUGUGAAUAUCUUGUACUAUUGAAAUCUUUUGCUUUUCUCCUAUCUUGGUAAAAAUUGGCAGAGCACCCUGCCUGUUAAGUCGAUUUUUUUUUGCUUCCAGUUAAUGUUGCGGCAUUAUGAUGAAUUUGCGUUUUUAUGAUCAAACCUUGUAGGAGGCCUUGAUUUACUCUAGUAAUUAAGCAUUUUGGAUUUACUUUCUGCUGCUGCAGGACUGCAAGCGCAAGUUUGGAGAGGGAGGAGAGAGCCAUAAACAGAAGAAACGGACGUGAGUCAUCAUUGGCUUCAAGUGGGAGUCAUGUCCCAAAAGCCACUAAUUGUAGGAUGAGCAAAGGCAUGAAAGCAAUGUUAAAACUUCAUGCGGUUCAGGGGGCGUACGCUGCUGCUGAGGAGAAACGAUGUGCUCUUGAGGAGGAACAGUUUGGUAGACUUCCUCAUCGAGAUGGGUCAGCCAGUACCUUUGAAGAGAAACAGUUUGGUUAUUUAGUUGGGCAUUGUCAAGAGUACUAUCUAACCUGUGCCAAUAUAACCAGAGAUCUGUCUUCCAUUGUCAUCUCGAUUGCUUUGUUUGAUGGAGAUAAGAUGUUAUUCGCAUGCUCGGGCAUAUGUGUAUCAUACGGGUCAACUCAAUUUCAGCUGACAAGAUUUGCGACUUCGGCGCGUUUGGUUACCGCAUAUAAUGAGAACAUGAACAAAGAUGAUAACUUGAGGAUUGAUGUACGCCUUCCUAGAAAUGCAAUGACAGAAGGGUUUUUGGGACUGUAUGAUCGAGAUAUUGCUAUUGUCACGACGGCGGGCCUCCCAAAUGUUCGUUCCGUAGAACUGGAUCUUCAGGCACAAGCAGUACCUACCUCCCCUGGUUCACGUAUACUAGCUGCAGGGCGUAGUUUCACGUCAGCCAGUUUGAUGGCCAUGCGUGGGUCUAUCUGUAUGGAACAUCCCAGCAGGUGGAUUUCUGAUGAUGGACAGCAUAUCACAGAGGCUGCACUAGGAGGGCCACUAAUAUCAGAUGAUGGAAGAUUUCUUGGCAUGAACCUUGACAAUAAGGAGUCUGAGGCGAACACGGUAUACUCCUUUUUCAUAUCACGGGGGCUGCUUUAUCAACGCUUGAAGCAUUUUCAGAUACUCGAUCCUGAAGAAUUUGACAUCCGCGCAUAUUCAUUGCCUUCAGGUGUAUCUACCAUAGUCCCUUCAGGAUUUAGGAAAUCUAUUAACCGGUUAAAAUCCCAAGGCUAUCCCAUGCCACCACCACUUGUGCUCGAAUUCAACAGUGAACUGCUUGAUCAUUUUGAAGAGCAAUUUGGUGAAUUGCGUGCUUGGAAAGGGUAUCCUUCCGAUGUAAUGUCCCGUCGUUCUGCGGAGUUUUGUGUCUGGAAAUCACUUCGAAAAAAAGUUGUUUAUGAUAUAUCCCGGCGUGUCGUCUCACUUUCUUCAUUUGAUGGAUACUCGAGGUAUUUUUCGUGCACAGGCUUGUUUAUAAAGUGGCCUGGAAGCAGAGGCACACGCUCAGUCAUUCUGACUUCGGCCAGUUUGGUUAGAAGUCGUCGUAAUGUAGACAACAUUGAUAAUGAUUUGAGGAUUGAGGUGUUUCUCCCGCCGAAACAACGUGCCAAUGGGAGAUUGGAAUUUUACAACUUAAACUAUAACAUCGCUAUUGUCAGCGUUUAGAAGAGUUUUCGUUGUAUUCAUCCAGAAGAUAUUUCCAAUACAGUGCAACGGUCACCAGAAAAGUCAGUAGUAGCUAUAGGACGUGAAGCUAAUGAAGGUGUAACGCCCACGACGCGGCUAUAUCUCCCACGUGUCGAGGCACGACUUAGAGGCAUAACCGCAUUGUAGGUAUUGUCGCAAGAAGGGUCAUCUUUACACAAUCCCAUGUAAUGAA